GGAAUCCUUUCCCGAGUUGAACGCACCGACCUUUCCCCUGUCUUCACAAACAAAACCCUAUACCUGACCAAAUCUUCUUGCUUCAACGUUAAGUUUCGCUGAGUGUUGAUCGGCCAUCUCAAAUUAUAACUAUGGCUGCCAAGAUUCUAGCAAAUCUGAUUGUAAUGGGUUCCGGGAUACUGGCAAGGGCUUUUGUUCAAGCAUAUCGUCAGGCCCUUCAAAAUGCUUCAAAAUCGGGUGUUGCUCAAGAAACAUUACAAAAUGCCGUCCGUAGAGGAAACAAAGUUAUGACUGAACAAGAGGCCAGGCAGAUUCUUGGUGUCAGCGAGCAGUCAUCCUGGGAAGAAAUUGCGCAGAAAUAUGAUACUUUAUUUGAACGAAACGCCAAGAACGGGAGUUUCUAUCUGCAGUCAAAGGUUCACAGGGCGAAAGAAUGUUUAGAGACGGUUUAUGAAGCAAAGGAUCAGCCAGAUGGUGGCACUGGUUAAGUCCUGCUAUGGAGGUAUUCUAGUGGCAGAAGUUGUCUCCAGCAACUUUUAUUCUGUGAAUUUGGUUUAUUAAGGACAAAUUUGAGACAUGGUCUGUUUUAUAAUAUUUUUCAAAAUCCAUGAUUAGUUUUUAUUUAUCUUUGUAAUCAUCGAGAAUGGUCGUGUUCGUUGAACCUCUUAUCAUUAUUUUAUAUUUUCAAU